GAAAUAAAUGGCUGUUGUUUGUUAUGAUUAAUUUUCACAAAAUGGACCCUUUCACAACUAGUUAACAUUUUUGCUGAAAAUGAAUCUUAAAAGCAUAUUUCAAGACUUUAACCCAAGUAAAUUUUUGGUAUUUACAUGUUUGCUGGUAUUUUGUUUGUUGUUCUCUCUAAGAUUAGAUGAAACAAUAUCCUGGAGUUAUUGGGUAAUAUUUCUACCAAUUUGGUUGUGGAAUUUCUUAGUUUUGAGUGGUGCUAUUGUGGGAAGUUAUGUCUGGUGGAAAAAUCCCCAUUACAGGGGUGAAGGUGAUAGUUAUAUACAGUAUAAAGCUAUGAUAAUGUGUACGGGAUUACACAUGUUAUUAUUAAUGUUUGAAAUAUUGGCAUGUGAUAAUUUAGAAUCUAAUAAUCAUAGUUGGAUUCUUGUCUUUAUUCCAUUAUGGUUUAUGUCUAUUGUCUCUAUAAGUAUCUGUAUUUGGUCUGUGAAGAAUGAAAGAGCUUUUGAGAUGGAAUUAUUUUGUUCUGUGAAUAUUCUCCAGUUUAUAUUCUUGGCGUUAAGAUUAGAUGAAAUAUUUCAGUGGAGUUGGGUGAUUGUCUUUAUACCUAUAUGGAUUGUGAUGUGUGUAACGUUGAUUGGUCUGUUAUAUGCUAUAGUAUUAGCUAUUAUUUUGUUAAAGUCACCUGAUAUAAUACCUGAUCAAAGAAGAGGAAAUAUUUCGACUGCUAUUGGAUAUUUCUUUCUUCUAGUUCCUUUGUUAGUUUUUGAGAUAUUACUGGCUAAUAGAUUAGAUAAUACCAAUCACUUUAAAUUCACUGCUAUAUCAGUUCCCUUAUUAUUAUCUUUAGUCACUUUAAUAUGUUUAUCUUUUGGCUCAAAAGGUGGAAACCAUUGGUGGUUUGGAAUCAGGAAAGAUUUUUGUCAGUUUGUGUUAGGUGUGUGUCCAUUUCUUCAGGAAUAUGGAAAUAUUUCAUAUAGUUUGCAUAGUAAUGACUCUGAAAAUGACUCUAACAGAGGAGAAAACUCUCAUGAUAAAGCAAGUACUUCCUCUAAGAAAAAAGAGUUUGUGACUGAUCAACCAAGAACUGUGGUGUCUGUUUUAUCAAUUGAAAUGCCAGACUAGUGUCAUUUUUUCAUUUACUGACCUAAAAGCUGUGUUCAAAGAAUGGAUCAAGAAUUGAAAGAAACUGUUGGCUACAUGAGCCUGUGAAAUCAUGUAACAUAGCUGCUAAUUAUAAACAGAAAGAGAUUAUGAUCUCCAUUUUAUGAGUUUCAUAAUAUUUGCUUUGAUUUCUAUCCUUCACCUCUGCACUGAAUUUAUAUUUCAUAGAUUCUGUUCAGCCUUGACUUUCAACCAAUUUUCAUAGAACUUGGUUUGUUGGUAUAUUAUAAAGAGUGAAGAUUGACAAAUUCAAAUUUUAAACUAUGAAUAGUACAUAGUAUACCAAUAAGAGUCCAAUAAUGGUAUCAUUUUGACUAAUACUUUAAUAUGCUGGAAAUAUAACGUUUGAAUUGAAUAUUAUAUGUUUGAAUUAUUUUAUUUUGCCUCUCAGUUGUAAAUAGAUCAUCAUAUUCAUCCUAUAUUGUAGUUUCACCAAAAAUAUGUGUGUAUAAGAUGAGUGGAUGAUACAUGAUAUAUAUAGUAAAUUAAUAAACAAUUUAUUAUUUUUG